AUGGCACCGCCGGCUGUUGCACCGCCUUCGACAAUUCAACUGCUGACUUGUUUCAUUGGCAGCAACAUCGUUGCACUGGGAGGAGGCACGCCUUAUUUGUUCAGUUUCUAUGCUCCCGAGCUGCUGGAAAGAUGCAAAAUUCCAAUAACGGAAUCAAGCACUCUUUCUCUUGCGCUAACCAUUGGAUCUGGCGCUUUGGGUUUUAUCGCAGGCGUAGUGAUCGAUAAGAAAUCCCCUCAGCUUUCCUGUGCCAUUGGUGCUGUUUGCACAUUUAUCGCAUAUUGGAUUUUGAGAACAUGCUAUAUACGACAGAUCUCCAAUCUUGCACUCAUUUCCGUGGCUAUGAGCUUGAUUGGGUUCGGGUCCGUUUCUGGCUACUACGCUUCGGUCAAGUGCUGCACCACAAACUUUCCGCGUCACCGAGGAACCGCAGCAGCUUUUCCUGUGGCACUUUAUGCCCUGGCAGGAUUGUUAUAUUCCUCAUUGUGUGCGUGGUUGUUCAAAGAUCGUAUGGACGCCGUCUUCACCUUUUUGAUGUAUGCAUGUUCCGCUAUGAUUAUGAGCGGCUGCUUCACGGUAAGAAUUUAUCAACCACAUGUUGUAGAAUGGCGCAACUAUUCGUCUACCGCGAAAAAUAGAAGAACGUCUUCGACUCUCGCGCGGAAAAACUCAGCCGUAACGCAACCAACUACAGAACCGAUAAACAUCAAAGACCUUCCAUCUCAUCGCGACUCCCGCGGCUCAUUUAGCAAUUUCAUGAGGAGGUCUGCUUCAAAAAUAUCAUCGUCCUCCGACUUACUACUAUCUUGGGGGUCAGGCCGUAAGAGAUCGGACUCUUCAGUAUGGGCUGAUGAACUUCCCGGCUCAUUGUCAUUUUGGGGAUGGGGCAGAGCUCGGCCAUCGGAUUCUGCUGCCGCAAAUCCCUUCAAUAGAUCAGUUGCGAACCAUGCCACUGGAACCGUUUCUGGACUAGCCACUAAUUCACCUAUAAAAGAUCCUGGCCGUCACAAGAAUUUGGGAACAAAUACUGCAGCUGCCUCUGAAACUACACUUUCACCAAACGUUGGCGCAAGACGUGAUUCCUUUUUGAACUUGUCGCCGCAUACUUCUGCGAUUCAAGAGGAUUUAGAUCCAAUGGCGUUAGAGCUCGAACCUGAACCAAGGAUUAGCUUCAGAGAUAAUCACCUUUACCAGACUGUCACACAGCCUAAGUUCAUUGCUUACUACAUUAUAUUGGCCAUUCUUCAAGGAAUUGGCCAAACUUACAUUUAUUGUGUUGGGUUUGUUGUUGAGACCUUAGCCCACUCAUACCCAGACUCAAAUGUAAACACAAAAGCGACACAAUCCAUACAGGUGUCCAUCAUAUCGAUCUUGUCAUUUGUGGGAAGAAUUUGCUCAGGUCCCAUAUCGGACUUGCUUAUAAAACGGGUCAAAGCACAAAGAGAUUGGUGCAUCGUUGUUGCUGCUGGGCUUAUGAUAUAUGGCUCUAAGCAGAUCCUGGCUGAUGUUGUAUCAAUUAAAACUAGCGAUGGUUUACAAAGUGCUGACUUCAUUCAAAACCUGUCGCUUUCAUCGUUAAUCUUUGGCCUUUCAUUUGGCAUUACUUUUGGCACUUUUCCAGCAAUUAUAGCGGAUCAUUUUGGAACUGAGGGUUUCAGUACCAUUUGGGGCCUUUCCACCACUGGCGGAAUCUUAAGUGUGAAGUAUUUUUCAGCUGUUUUUGCCAAUGACCUAUCGCGCAACACCAGCGCUGGCGACACGGUGUGUGAUAAAGGAUCAUUGUGCUACUCACACGCCUUCCGCGUUGAUAGCGUUUUUGCCAUUGGUGUAAGCCUGAUGGUUUUGGCUCUCAUUGGUAUCAAAUACAUAAGGAAUAGAAAGGCCAAACUGCAAGAGCACAAUGGCAUUUUUAUUUUGACUGACGAAGAUUCACUGGACGAAUGGUCAUAG